CAACGACCUCGAGAACCGAUGGCGCUAGCUAGGAUAUGGCUUUGACUUCGUGGAAAACCUUCAACUUCUUCGAAGUUUCGGAGGUCCAGGUUCCCGAUGGCGAUGGACCGUCCGUCUUGGGCACCGAUAUUAGUUGCAUAUGCACAGGAUCCGAUAACCUCUUCCUCGGCACCACCGAUGGAUUCGUCCACAUCCUCUCCAACACCUUCAAGGUCUUCCGGUCCUUCAAGGCCUACGAUACAGGCUCAAUCACCCACAUGAAACAAGUUGCCUCGACGUCGUACCUUGUCACACUUAGCGAAGACUUAUCGAGCGAGCCAAUCCUGAAAGUAUGGGCGUUAAACGAGGAAGACAAGAAGACCGGCGGUCCGCGAUGUCGAUCGACCAAGUUAGUCCAGAAUAAGAAGAGACAGUUCCCCGUUUCGGCGUUUGUUGUGUUGGACGACCUGUGGCAAGUCGCGGUGGGGUUUGCGAAUGGCUCAGUGACACUUAUGAGGGGGGACCUGAUUCAUGAUCGGGGCGCGGAGCAAAGGACGGUCUUUGAAUCUGAGGAGCCGAUUACUGGCCUGGAGGUCCAGCGGGGAGCUACCACGACGCUGUUUAUUGCCACGACAGGGCGCAUCCUUACUCUCAUUAUUAGUGGGAAAGGCGACGGCCAGCCUGCGCGCACGCUGGAAGACCUUGGCUGCGGUGUUGGGUGCAUGGUGUUCGAUAAGGAUACGGCGGACGUUCUAGUCGCAAGAGAAGACGCGAUAUACACUUAUAGGGCGAACGGCCGUGGACCCAGCUUUGCAUUUGAUAGUCCGAAGACAUCGAUUGACGUGUUCAAGGAUUAUAUCGCUUUGGUUUGCCCACCACGGGUGCCGGCGGCCAGAUCCGAUACCCUGCGAAGGUUUGGAAGCAGCCAGGUGGAUGAAAUCUUUAAUACAUCCACUUUCACCCUUCUAGAGCCAGACUUGAAGUUUGUCGCACAUUCCGAAUCCAUAUCCUCAAAGGUCAAAACUGUCUUUCAAGAAUGGGGAGAUUUAUUUCUUGUGACAGUGGAUGGAAAGGCGUAUAGGUACCGUGAGAAGACAUUACAGCAGAAGCUCGAAAUCUUAUACCAGAGAAACCUCUACAUCUUAGCCAUAAAUCUUGCUCAGAAAGCUGGCGUUGAUGCGCUUCAGCAAAAUAUUAUCUUCCGCAGAUAUGGAGAUUACCUCUAUCAGAAAGGCGAUUAUGACACGGCAAUGCAACAGUACCUCCGUUCGAUAGAUAAUACUGAGCCAUCCCAAGUGAUACGAAAGUUCCUUGAUACGCAACGAAUCCAUAAUCUUAUUGAAUACCUCGAAGAGCUUCAUGACCAUGAAAAAGCAACAGCCGAUCACACAACGCUAUUAUUGAACUGUUAUGCGAAGCUAAAGGAUACGACCAAGCUCGAUUCUUUUAUCAAAGCCCCCGGUGAACUCAAAUUCGACUUGGAGACUGCAAUUGCAAUGUGCAGGCAGGGUGGCUAUUUUGAGCAAGCCACGUAUUUAGCAACAAUGCAUGGAGAAAAUGAUAUGGUGGUUGAUAUCCUUAUUGAAGACUCGAAGAAGUAUUCUGAAGCGUUGCAAUUCAUUUGGAGUCUUGAGCCAACACUGGCGUACCCGAAUCUCAUGAAAUAUGCGCGAGUGCUGCUGGAGCACUGCCCGCAGCCUACGACUAAGAUAUUCAUUGAUUAUUAUACGGGAAACUACAGGCCCAGGCGAAUGAAAGAGGAAGAAACAGCCAAAGAUGAAAAAUCUCAGAGUGCGGGCGGCCUGCAAAACCUGGCCUCCCUUAUUCCCCUGCCAUAUCUUAACCCAUCCAAACCUGGGAAUGCAAAGUCUGCCAUAAGCGAACCACAAAUUGCGACUGAAGUGGAGGAACCGAUUGAAUAUGACGUGCCAAAGCCAAGAACUGCAUUUUCGUCAUUCGUUGACCAUCCUCAGGAGUUUGUUGUUUUCCUGGAGGCUCUAAUCGAUCAAAACGAUUUAAAGGAAGACGAUAAAAUUGAUUUAUACACCACCCUGUUCGAAAUGUAUCUGGACACUGCAAGUCGUAAGAAAGACCCCUCCGAGAGGCAAGAGUGGGAGGCAAAAGCGAAACUACUGAUUCAGGGUAGAGACAUUCCUGUUUCAACAUCAAACGUUCUUUUGCUGUCAGAUUUAUCCGGCUUCCAAGAAGGAACGACUCUUGUAAGAGAGAAACAAGGCUUACGAUCGGAUAUCUUGCGAUCGUAUGUCUCAGCCAAGGAUACUGCUGGGGUAAUCAAAGCCCUGAAGAAAUAUGGCCCUGAAGAGCCUCAACUCUAUAUAGAUGCGCUGGCGUACUUUUCCUCAAGCUCCAAGGCUCUAGAAGAAGCUGGAGAUGAACUUGAGGUUGUUCUGAAACGAAUCGAUCAAGACGGUUUGAUGUCGCCGCUUCAGGUUAUUCAGACUCUCAGCAACAACGCAGUGGUGACAAUGGGCAUGAUCAAGAAGUAUCUCAGCGACAAUAUAGAACGGGAUAGGAAAGAGAUUUCAAAUAACCGCCGGCUGAUCACCAGCUACACUACCGAAACUGAAACCAAGCGCAAAGAAAUCUCCGAAUUGGCCUCAAAGCCCACCGUUUUCCAGGCCCGUCGCUGCUCAUCUUGCGGUGGCAAUCUGGACCUACCAACCGUUCACUUCCUCUGCAAACACUCAUUUCAUCAACGCUGUUUAAACACAGAUGAGGAGGACUUGCAAUGCCCUAUAUGUGCACCGCAAAACGCCACGAUCAAAGCUAUCAGAGAACGUCAGCUUAAAGCAGCGGAUCAGCAUGAGCUGUUCCAAGCGGAGCUGCAGCGAAGCAGGGAUAGAUUUGGGCUUAUUAGCGAAUUUUUUGGUCGGGGAGUUAUGAAGCCAGGCAAUCUCGAAUAAUUUACGUCACGAGGACUUGCUUUUACCUAUUGAGAUGAUAUUAUGAAUUGAAAUCCGUACGGAUGAUACCCCGUUGCAUCGUACCGUAAAAUUACGGUUGGAUUUGGAUCACAAACAAUUCUUGAACGAUCGUCGCUCAGCCGCUUAGAACAAAUGUAUCUAUUUCAAAGCUGUGCUUUUUUUUUUGCCUUCAUUUUGGAACAUAACCUGCACAUCUUCACACGCACCAUCAUAAGACCGCGUCAUCCCGAUAUGCAGUACUCCCAAAGCUCUCUAGAGAAGCACUGUGGGUGGAAGGUCUAUGUCUGCAUGCUUUUGUCUAAGGGCAAAAUUAAAUAAAUUACCCGAGAUAACGUUCCAGAAUAUUGCGUAAGAUCCUCCGUGCAUUUAUAUGUAUGAACAGGUUAACAGCCACCGUCAAAAGAAUGCCCGAGUUAAUACGGAUUGAUGACUUCCAAACGCCCAUUUGGCUAAUUCAAUCAAUUUGCACUUCUCACAUGGCGGAGGAGGGCAAUUUUGCUUGCAAUCUGAGCACUGCAAUUCUGCUCUACAGCGCGUUGCAAAGCCGGCUCAUUUUUUCUGCAAUAGUGUUCGCGGGGUAUUAUAACAUCAUCAGCGCCAGGAAUAUGGCAAAGUGCAUGCCAGCUUGAGUCUUCUACCGGAAAAUUCGACUGGGAUUCCUUACGGCCUUCGCAUCAUCGUCAUAGGUUCCUUUCGCCUCGGAGCAACAUCUCGCUGUCACAGUCUCAUUGAGACUAGUGGCGGUCAUGCAUUUGCAGCCGAGGAGAGCGGGAAGACUGAAUAAUGUUUGCAUAGUGCGCAGUAUGCAGGCUGAACCCAUUGCUAGGUAGCUAUGCAAAACAAUAUGGUUGCGUUUGAGACCUUCAUUGUUGUAAUGCUGUUGGAGAAGAUGAUAUCGGUAUUAUGUAGAUAUGACUGGAAGCUGGAAUCAUUGAAAAGAGAAAAAAACAGAGUCUCAUUUCGGCUCAGUGCAGCAAGGAGAUUCUAUGACGAUAAUACGUUUUAUAGAAGCAUACUCCAUAUCAAGCAGGGGCAUUAUAGCUCAGAUUACCAGUGAGCGGUCACCAAACUAGCGCCGAAGCAGACUGCGAGGAUCUUG